GGGGAUCCAAUUAUAGACCACAAUUGCUGGGAAAGACCAGAAGACAUGGACACAGCCAGGACUGUAUAUGCCGUGGACUCACCGAAUCCAGCUUCUGAUGUUGCCGGUGAGACAGCUGCGGCGCUGUCAGCUUCCUCAAUGGCAUUCCGAUCCUAUGACCCUGGUUACACAGACACAUUGUUGCGAAAUGCCAUGAAGACCUUCGAGUUUGCUGAUACUUACAGAGGAGCUUACAGUGAUAAUGCCAAUGUUAGAGAUGGUGUCUGCCCAUUUUACUGUGAUUUCGAUGGUUACCAAGACGAAUUGCUAUGGAGUGCAGCCUGGCUGAGGAGUGUCACUCAGGAUGGUGGUUACCUUGACUACAUACAAAACAAUGGCAAAACUCUUGGUGCAGAGGACAAUAUAAACGAAUUUGGUUGGGACAACAAGCAUGCUGGCCUCAGUGUUCUAAUCUCCAAGGAAGUCCUGGAAGGCAACAUGUGCAACCUUGAAUCCCACAAAUCAUCGGCUGAUAGCUUCAUGUGCACAUUAAUACCGGAAUCAUCAUCCUCCCACAUCGAGUACACUCCAGCCGGUCUCAUCUACAAGCCAGGAGGCAGCAAUCUGCAACAUGUAACUUCCAUUUCAUUCCGGCCUACUACUAGUUUACGCCAAUUACCUUGCACGAACCUCGCGAUCCCUCAACUGUGGAAACAUAGAUGUCAGUCCGACAACGCUUCGCCAAAUCGCCAAAAAGCAGGUUGAUUACAUUUUGGGUGAUAAUCCAAUGGGUUUGUCAUACAUGGUCGGAUACAGCGACCAUUAUCCACAGCGAAUUCACCACCGUGGAUCUUCUUUACCAUCUAUCAAGGAUCAUCCCCAACCCAUUGCUUGCAAGGAAGGCUCAGUGUACUUCAAUUCGUCAAGCCCUAACCUUAAUCCCCUUGUGGGAGCCCUAGUAGGAGGACCUGGAGAAGAUGAUGUCUAUGAGGAUGAUCGCGCUUAUUUUAGGAAGUCUGAACCGACCACAUACAUUAAUGCACCAUUUGUUGGUGUUUUGGCAUACUUUGUGGCUAAUCCCAGUCCAAACUAGCAGAAAUUGAUACUGGUCAAACACAGAUCAAUUUUGUAAAUA